AUGUCUUCAUUAUGGAAUGAAAUAGUUGCUAUCUUUUUAAAACGUAAUGAUGAAAGCCAUCAUGACGUAAAAGAAUACGUAGAUGGACCUUUAUUAAUUGAUCCACAAGAGUUUAUGAUCCUGUUAGCUACCGCUGACGAUAAUCUAGAUCUGGAUGUUCAUUUGGGAAAACCUGGUAGUGAAUUGGAAACGGCUGAGCUGAAUUUGUCUGACGUUCUAAAGGGUAAAAAUAAUUUUUUAAAUAAGCUAGAUUAUGAAAAUAAUGUGUUGAGCGAACAUGAAACAGUUUUUAGUAAUUCAAAUCACACGAGGUUCAAAUUUGUUUUUAAAAGUGACCACAAAAAAAAAUAUUUUACAUUAUUAAAGUAUUCACAAAGUACUAAUAAAAAAGUAAAUGAAAGCACUAUAAUAAGAAGUAAUACAUGUGUAGAUUCAUUUAAUAAUCACAACAACGUUAGAAGACACAAUACAGAAAAAAUAAAUACCAUCAAACUGAUCCCCUAUUCAAGUAUUUUGGGCGUUCAAUGCAAAUCUAAUUAUAUAAAUCAGUUAGAUUACUGGGGUAGCAAUGAAGAAAUUAAUACACGUCUUGUGACAACUAGAUAUUUAUUGGAGCAAAUUCAUCAAAAAAAAUUCAGUGCUGAGCUAAAGACAAUUUUAUUGCAAAAUUACCAUUCGAGAUUAAAACGUUUUGGACAAGAAAUAAUUUUGUUGUGGAAGUCGUUUUACAAAAGAUUUAAUAAUCAAGUACGAGACGAUCAAACUACUUUAAUAACUCUUCCCAUGCCUUUUAUGGUACCUGGAGGAAGAUUUAUUGAAAACUACUAUUGGGAUACGUAUUGGAUUUGUUUAGGAUUAUUAGCCACUGGAAAACCUGAAAUAGUUAAAGAUACAUUAAUUAACUUUUUUUAUUUAGUAGAAAGAUGUGGAUUUAUUCCAAACGGUACUCGUAUGUAUUAUCAAGAUAGAAGUCAGCCACCAAUACUUUCUAGUUUACUACGGGCUUAUUUUUACGAAACUCAUGAUUUAGAUUUUAUUGCGGAACAUGUAAAAGAUCUAGAGAAAGAAUACAAUUUUUGGAUGAAUCAACAAUUUAAGCAUUGUAUUACUGUAACGGACGAUGAAGGAAAAUCACACACAUUAAACAGGUAUUAUUCAUCAGAUACUGAACCUAGACCAGAAAGUUAUAGAAUGGACUAUGAAGUAGGUAAGGUUUUCGUAGCAAUAAACCGUAGCACUGAUGAUGAGCUCCGUGAAUUAUUUAGAAACAUUCACGCAGGGGCUGAAAGUGGCUGGGAUUUCAGCGCACGGUGGCUCCGUCCUGCAGUCGAGGUCGGUAAUACUUCUUAUCUUACGUCUGCUCGAUAUACUGAUCAACAAAUUUCGAAUUUAUGUUUAAUUGAUAUCGACACUAUAAACAUUAUUCCAUGCGACUUAAACGCUCUGCUUUAUUUAGAAGAAUGCGAUUUAGCUUUCUUUUAUUCACUCUUGGGCUUAUCAUGA